AUGCUCUCGGCUAAGCUAAUGCGCGAUCGGAUAGCCAGCCUCGACAAGGCGAACGAAGCCGCAACAAAGCGUAAGCAGCGUAAGCAGCGUAAGAAGAAGCGGAUACAGAAGCAAGGACUGCUAACAAAGGGAGCUAGAGAAGAUCUACUCGCUCAGCGCGAGGCUGAUCAGCAGAUUGCUUAUGAAGAGCGUUAA